AAGAUAGUCACUGUAAAGGAAAAGAGCGUGCUGCUGUGUUAUGUACUCUUGCCAGUGUUGCUACUACCUGUACUAGCUUAUACUAUGGCGAGUGAAAAGUGGCGAGACACUGUGAUUGUUGCUGUGUUGGGCAGCACAGGGACUGGAAAAUCUAAGUUGGGAAUUGAAUUGGCGCAGGAGCUCAAUGGUGAAAUCAUCAGCGCUGACUCCAUUCAGGUGUACAAAGGUUUGGACAUCUGCAGUGCCAAAGUGACGGCUGAAGAGCAAGCCGCAGCUCAACACCACCUUCUCAGUGUGGCUGAGUGCACGCAUAGCUAUGAUGUGGUGAAGUUCCGUGACACCGCCUUGAGCACUAUUUCUGAUAUCCUGGAUCGAGGCAAAGUGCCUAUCAUUGUCGGUGGCACUAACUACUACAUUGAGUCGCUCAUCUGGGAGACCCUCAUGCCGGAAUCAUCAGCUGUCGAUCAGGAGAUGAAAGUGGAAACCAAUGCCAGUUCUACACCAGGUGGUGGCUGUACAGUGGAUGAUGAAACCCAUCGCCAUCACCCACAAGCUGAUGUGGAUGGCACUCCCGUGAAAACCACCGAAGCUGCAGCAGCAGCAGCGCAUGCCUCCAUGGUCUCGCCACAUGAGCGCUUGCAGAAGGUUGACCCAGAUAUGGCGGCACGUCUUCAUCCGAACAACAUUCGGAAAAUAGAAAGGAGUUUAGCUGUAUUUGAGGAGCAUGGCAUACCACACACUCAGCUGCUAGCACAGCAACAUAGCGAUGGUGACGGCGCUUGUCCGCAAGGCGCGCGCCUACGCUUCCCCAAGACGGUCGCAUUCUGGAUACGCUGUGACACGGACGUGCUGGAUAAGCGGCUCAGCAAGCGUGUCGACGGCAUGGUGGAAAGUGGUAUGAUGCAGGAGCUGCAGUGCUUCCACUCAGAGUAUGGCCAGCAUUGUCUAGAUGAGACCGGCAGGCCGAGUUUCGAGUCUGGCUUGUUUCAGAGCAUUGGCUACAAAGAGCUUUAUCCAUACCUAUCACGAUCACCAGAUAUGGAUGAGGAGAAGAGCAAGUCUUUACUCACAGAGUGUCUGCAAUCUUUGGUGGCAGCAACCAGUCGCUAUGCCAGGAAACAGAAUGCUUGGAUAAGGAAUCGAUUCCUCAAAGCUGGUCAGAAAGUUCGCCUAUACGGCGUUGACAGCAGUCAUCCGGAGAACUGGAAUGAUGAUGUGUUACAGCCUGCACUUAGCAUAGUGCAGGCACUGUUGACGGACUCCCCAGCACCACUAGCACCUCUGCCAUUGCAAGCAGCCACGAAGAACUCCUGGACAAAAUAUGAAUGUACUGCUUGCAAUCGUCUGCUCCAUGGCGAUCAAGAGUGGAAAGCUCAUUUGACUUCACGAAUGCACCGACGCCGGAAGAAGCGAACUGAAAAGCGUAGGGUGAAGGAAUCUACUUAAAGUACACACUUCUUGUCUUCAACAUCAUCAGCAACAGAAUUAUUCUGCUGCUGCUGGGGAAUUUCUAGACAAAGAAAAUUGAAAUCUAGGGGCACCCAGCAAUUCAAACUCGUGAAUAUCACAACCGCAAUUCAAACUCAUGAACAUUGCACAUUGCAACAAUUCUUGAGGUUGAAUCAUGUAAUUUCCCCCCAUGCUGCUAUGCCCCUCCCUAGUUGUCACAACUCACUAAAACCAUGCUAUAUUUUUUACAAAUUUUCUAUUUUGAUACAAGCACGAAAAUUGGCCCUUUCACUUUCUGUGUAUGAAAGAAAAUAAUGAUUUUUACAGAAUUUUUAAAAUCCUAGUGAAUAAAAUAACAAA